CAAGUACGACUCACGAUCCCCGCCAAUUCGCCGAAAUAUUUAAUCCCAGAUCUCAUCGUCUUCAAUCAGCAUUAUUCCCUACGUCUAAAAGGCGAAGUUAUCCGCUUUCUUUCUUCGACCCAUGCUCCUUCCACGCGCCAUGUCCGUGGCAGUCAGCUCAUCCCUGCGUAUCUGGCGGUUUGCCCCGCUUCAUCCUGACGCAAGUAAAGACAAUAACAAGUUGAAGUUGAAAGGCGUUGUGUUUGACGUUGAUGGGACAUUAUGUCUACCGCAGAACUAUAUGUUCCAAGAGAUGCGCUCCGUACUUGGGAUUGAUAAGUCUAUCGAUAUCAUCACGCACAUCCGCAGCUUGCCAACGCUAGAGGACCGCACCACAGCUAUCAAGAAAGUCAGAGAUAUCGAACGGAAAGCUAUGGUAAAGCAAGAGCCUCAACCCGGUCUUCUAAAAUUGAUGGAUUAUCUGCAAUCAAAGGGAUUAAAGCGAGCGUUAUGCACACGGAAUUUCGAAACCCCUGUAAACCACCUUCUAACAACUCACCUCCCAACGCAUGAAUUCCUCCCAAUCAUAACCCGCGACACUCCAGACAUACUCCCAAAGCCAGAUCCGGCAGGGAUUUUACAUAUAGCUAAAGAAUGGGGCAUAAAAUCAGAAGAGCUGAUCAUGGUCGGCGAUAGUCUUGACGACAUGACAGCUGGUCACCUAGCAGGGGCUGCUACGAUCCUCCUACUAAAUGACCACAAUCAAGCCGUGAAGGAGCAUGAGCAUACGCACUUCUGCGUUGAGCGCCUAGAUGACAUAAUUUCCAUCUUGGAGGAUGGGGUUGCGGAUUCUGUGGAGAAUCUCUAGGAUUAUGCAGACAUGGGUACGGUGAUGUAUAUUUCCGACAUUACAGAUAGAAGACCGUGGAGAGACCUUGGUGUUCAGUCCCAUGGUAUUUAGGGUAAAGGAAGUGGUAUGUCCGUUUGGUUGUCAGUGCCCUGGAGAAUAUCUACGACGAUGUUGAAAUUAUCCAAUUAGAGUCUGAUAGUCGCCAUUGUUUUGGCAUCAUUUUGUCAUAUGUGAUAAUAUCACUGAAAACCAGGAGAUAAAUAUAGCAUAGUAUCAAAACAUAAAUCUGCAUGAUUGUUACCAGAUAGGUAUCUCAACAGAAGAAGCAGAAUGGCAUCUAAUAUAUGCAGAAACGCCAAGAUGCAGUCAGCUAAACGUCCAUGCAGUAUUUCAAUUCUUCCAUGUCAUUUCAGAGUCUAUGUUGGUCCCAUGCUUUCUGAGCCGCGCUGGGCAUAGGUCGAUAUGUUUCCCUAUUUGAACCCCUUUUGACCCCUCUUCCACGACCUCGAGAUCCACCUCCACCACCAUUACCACCACCUCUAGCCCUAGGUUGCCAACUGCUUGCCCCGUUGCCUUGACGGGUUGAAGGUCGGAUAGGCGACAGAGAGCGUUGACGCGUAUUGUUACCGAAAUAUUGGUCUCGUUCUCUAUAAUCACGGCGAUAAUCAUUAGGGUUUUGCGGCCCCUUCCCGGAGCCUUGGGGCCGACGUGUAUCAUCAUCAAGAUUCCUGCCACGCCCAAUUCCAUUGCUGAAGCGUAUGCGUCCACGUGGAGGUGAACGGUGUGUUGUUGGGUUCCAACUAUCUGGUUGUCCGAAAGCUCCAUCGCUCUCGGGAGAUGGUGAACGGCCUCUCGCGCGGCCUCUGAUCUUGUAUCCAGAAUUUCUCUGGCUACUAGUUCCCUUGCCAGAAAUGGUAACAGGGAAGGUGUUUAGGUUGGAGAACACUGAGGGGUCAAAAUGUUUAAGACUGAAGGAAGAAGAGUUCAUUGGAAAGUUGCGAGUAGGGCAAUCUCCGACCAGAUGGCGAUUACUCGUGCAGUGACAGCAGGAUAUGGAAAUAAAUAUGCGGCCUGAGGUUGGGUUUCGCUUGGGGAGCUUCCAUAUCAAGUCACAUUCGCACUCGGUAUGGUCGCCGGAACCACAAAAGUCACAGGGUUCUUCCGCGGCUGAGCCUUUCAAAAGAGAAGAGCACGCUUCUGCGUCGUGACCCCGUUCUCUGCAACGUUGGCAUCUUCGCCGGGAAGGACAAAAUCGACUUUCAUGAACAGACCAUGCUCCGCAAUGUUCACACUACGUACGAUGUCAGAAAUUUAACUAGAGCUGCUUUCGUGGUGCACAGAAACGGAAUCACAACUGCGCCCGAUAAAAAUGAGACGUCUAGAUAACAUACCUCCUUAUUGGGACAGAUAUCCGCCAGAUGACCUUCCUUCAUACAAUCAAUACAUGUUAUGGGCAGGCUGAGGUCAAGAUCUUCUGGCUCCAAAUCGAGAAAUAUAUACCUAGCCUGAGUCUCCAAAUCAACACGAGUGAGAUCAGCAAGGGUAGUGGGAUCUGAAGGGUACUUUGCGCGAAACAAACGAAUCGCCUCGGCCUUUGGGCCUCCAGACAAGGCGUUUCCUCUAUUACCAUCACAAUAAAUCUCGUCUUCUGGUAGUUUGUUUUCAGUUUGCACAGAGAGGUUCGAGCCAUGUGGUUCGCUGAGAAUCUCCCCAUUAAGUUUUUGAACGCCUGGCACGUCGCUACCUUGGUGGGCCAUUUCACGGCCAGGACCAUGUAGCUCCCCAGUGGCCUCAAUCCUCUCAUCUGUUUUAGGCAAACCACUCAGGUUAAGAACGAUGUCAUUAUUGCCAUCCGUGUCAUCUCCAGAAUCCAUAUCAGAGAACUCUGCAGUGAAAGUCUUUUGGCCUACAUUCGUUCCGACAUGAGCCUUACUCCG